GUGAGUCUUAUCAUUUAAUUCUUCAUUACCAGACGAUUUAGUAUCUUACGAGAAUCAUGAUAAUGCUGAGACUCUGGACUCUCCUUCUUGCCUAUGCGCUGAUCAUUUGCCAGAUGUACAUCUCACAGGCAGCUCCAUCCAGAAUUAGCAAGGAGUCCAUGUCAGAUGGAGUCACACUAUCAAAUGAUAAUGCGCAAAGGUUACUCAGAGAUAUGAAGGCAUUAAUGCAGAUAACUUCAGAUGAGCAAGACCACCAAACAGCUGAUGGGAACAGCAAUGCAACAGCACAGAAGCGGGCAUGCAACACAGCCACCUGUGUAACCCAUCGCUUGGCUGACUUGCUGAGUCGGUCAGGGGGACUGGGGCACAGCAACUUUGUUCCCACCAAUGUGGGCGCCCAGGCGUUUGGCAGACGGAAGCGACAUGGACCCGUGUGAGCACAAGAGCAAAUACAUGGACCGAGUGCCUCCUUGAGUGACAAAACUACAUCAUAAUCCACCUACAAUCACUUUGAAAUGAGAGUGUCAUUUAGAAAAAUACCCUUCACAAACAUGGACUUAUGUCUUGCUUUCAGACUACCAGACAGUUUUUAGAUCAGAAUGGAUUUUUUUUUCUCUCUUUUCCUGUGGCUCAACUGCACUUCUGACCUGUGUCUGCAGUACAGUGUGUGGAAAUCUUAUACUGUACAUCUGCACUACCAACUAAACUUUCAACAACUGUGGCUUGAUGUAAAACUCUUCAUUACAUUUCAUUAUAGUGCACAAUGCAAUUAUGAAAAAUGUACUAACAAUUGUGUAUUGAAGGCAGGAAUAAAUUGUAUUUUAGCUACAUUAUGCUUUCAUGUCUUACUGUAUUUUUGUUUGAUUGGGUGAUAUAAGCUGAAAACCAUAUUGAGCUUACAUGCACUAUCAAUUCAUUUCAAAAAGGUACAGAUAAAAACAAGGUGUGCGCAAAGAAAUCAAACCAUGGCAUUCGCAUUUCUGUUUUCAUGGAAAUAAAGUGGACAUAUUCAAUCCACAUGGAGGACUUGAUUAAAGAAUAGUUAUUUAAAACAUUUCAAUGAGUUGCAAACUAGUAUUUUAUACUAUUUUGUUAUAUGAGAUACAUUGGUAAGCAUAUCUCUUUGAACACAUUUAUAUUAUAUGUUGUCACACCUGGUUAAUUUUGCCCUCCUGUGGUUACAAGUCACUUUUCACCGAAUAGAGCUGCAUUCAAGAAGUGUCAUAAAUGAGGGUUAUGUUUAGUUUCUCCUGCAGCAUCACACUCUUACUUGGUUUCUAGUAAAGUUUUUAUGUUGUUUCAAUAAAAAUCCAAUAAUAAUGUACCUUCAAGUGUUGCUUUCCCACA